AUGGAAUCCGCCCUCCCAAUUCCCAACCUGAACUUUCAGGACCUGACAUCCGGCCUCGCCACUCCACAAGGCCAACGUCAGUUCCUUAAUGCUAUAGCUUGGAUUGUGGGUAUCUAUGUCUUCAGCAAACUGAUGUCAAUGGGUCGACGGGCCAAGAACCUUCCUCCCGGUCCAUCCACUCUCCCGAUUCUUGGAAAUAUCCACCAGAUUCCCAUCACGGGACUACAUGCCAAGUUCCUGCAAUGGGGCGAGCAAUAUGGGGGCAUCUUUUCUCUCAAGAUAGCUUCGAGUACUAUGAUCGUCCUGUUUGAUCGCAAGGCCGUUCAUGAUCUCGUCGAUAAGAAAGGAGUCAUUUAUUCAGAGCGUCCGCCGAACCAUGUUGCCGAUAUUGUUACUCAUGGCGAUAGCUUCGCGUUUAUGAACAACACUCCGUUAUAUCGCGAGCAGAGAAAGGUCGCUUCGCAUAAUCUCUCGCCUCGUAUCCUGGAUGAAAAGGUUGGACACAUCCAGGACGCAGAAAUCACUAUUCUUCUUCGCGAUAUUCUCACCACCCCCAAAGACUUCUACCAUCAUGUCAUGCGCACUACCUGUUCGGUUGCCUGCAUCAUGGUCUGGGGGCAGCGAGGUGCUACUUAUAACUCUUUCUUUGGCCGUUACAGUGAAGCCCUCGAGCCAGGCGCUAACCCACCUGUCGACGAUUUUCCAUUCCUCAAGUAUCUCCCCGACUUCAUGAGCCCGUGGAGGACCCGCGCUCAACGGUCGUAUCAUGCGAUGGAUGAGACGUGGAAGAAGGCCAGAGCAUUAUCUGAUGCUAGAAGAGAUCGCGUUGGAUCCCGCAACUGCAUUGCUGACAAGAUGCUCGAAGAUACCAAGCUAACCGAAAAGAUGUCAGACCAACAAAUCAACCACUUCCUGGGGGUUUUGGUCGAGGGUGGAGCAGAUACUACGUCAUCCUCUAUCCUUACCAUGAUCCACUGCUUGUCAAGACAUCCUGAGCAUCAACGCCGAGCUCAGAGAGAGCUUGACGCUGUUUGUGGGACGAGCAGAAUGCCCGAGUGGAAGGACUUCAAGGAGUUGCCUUACAUCAACUGUAUUGUCAAGGAAGGUCUAAGAUGGCACCCAGUCCUACCUCUUGGAGUACCUCAUCGCGUAGCCAAAGAUGACUGGUACAACGGAAUGCUCAUCCCCAAAGAUGCUACCGUGAUCAUCCCCUCAUACGCAAUCCAUCGAUCGGAGCAAAUGAAGUACAAAAACCCGGAUACCUUCGACCCAAGUCGCUACGUCAACCACCCACGACUGGCAAGUGACUAUGCAGGAAGUCCCGACUUCAACAACCGAGACCACUACGGCUACGGUGCAGGCCGCCGCAUUUGCCCUGGCAUGCAUCUAGCAGAGCGAACACAAUGGCGAGCCAUUGCCAAGAUCCUCUGGGCAUUUGAUAUAGAGCUUGCCGUCGAUCCCGCAACGGGGCAGAAAAUUGUACCUGAUCCUGAGGCUUUCAAGGAAGGAAUUGCGCAUGGGCCCAAGCCGUUCAAGGUUGUGUUUAAACCGCGCAGUCAAGCACAUAUCGAUACUAUCUUGCGAGAAGCGGAGCAAAGCCUUGAUGAGGUGGCUAAAUGGGACUGA